AUGUUCCGUCGACGGUUCCGUAUGAGAAGGGAAUUGUUCCUUUAUAUAGUAGAUGCUGUUGGAAUCCAAUCGAAAUAUUUCAAACAAAGAUUUGAUGCUGCAAAAAGAAUGGGUUUGUCCCCAUUACAAAAGUGCAUUGUCGCUAUUCGCAUAUUAGCAUAUGGUACUUCUGCUGAUAUUGUUGAUGAAGACAUCAAAAUAGGUGAGAGCACGGCUAUAGAAUCUGUAUUCAGAUUUUGUCGUGCAGUUAUUAAUGCAUUUGGAGGGUUGUACCUGAGAAGGCCUACUAAUGCUGAUGUCCAACGAUUGCUUUAG